GCAAAGUAGAUUUCUUACGUUUUCCAAGCUACAAAGUAGUUGCGUCCGCGACAUCGUCACGGAGACAUUGAAGGAUUGGUUAAUGUUACUGCGUUAUGUUUGAACUUUCCUUCAUUCUCCCUUCCACAAAUAAUGUGAUGUUAUUGACAAAAGGCGACGGUGCAUAAGUCCAAGGAGUUGUUUUGUUACAUUCCUGCACUGAUUGGAAAAAUACGGUUGUACUUAUAUAACACCUAAUUUAAUAAAAAACAUUCUUUAAUCACUUUAUAUAAUGGGUCCUUUAACGACAAGUGCCAGACAUGUAUUUCAUAACUUCUGCACAACUGCUGUGAAGGCUAUGUCCACAAAUGCAAUGUUAUUUCCGAAGGAUGAACCAAAAGAGAUAAUACUUAAAUAUUUGGAUGGGAAAGAUAAUGGCAUUGCAGUCUUGGGAUUGAAUCGACCAACUGUAUGCAAUGCCCUUGGAAAAACUUUAGUUACUCAAUUGACUGAUGCUAUUUCUUCCAUCAAGAGAGAUUCUAAGAUGCGAGUAUUGAUUAUUCGUAGCAUGGUUCCAAAAAUUUUUUGUGCUGGUGCUGAUUUACGAGAAAGGGCAGUAAUGGAUACUACAGGAAUUGCAGAAUUUGUUGCAAGCUUAAGAAGUAUGAUGAAUAAUAUAGAAGCUUUACCGACACCAGUGAUAUCUGCCAUUGAUGGUGCUGCAUUAGGAGGAGGGUUAGAACUAGCUCUAGCCACAGAUAUAAGAGUUGCAGCAUCACAAGCUACUAUGGGUCUUGUUGAAACGAAAUGGGCCAUUAUUCCGGGUGCUGGUGGUACACAGCGACUUCCAAGAAUAAUUGGACCUGCUAAAGCAAAAGAACUCAUUUAUACUGCACGUUUAAUCGAUGGUGAAGAAGCCAUGAAGAUUGGUUUAAUAAAUGAAGUAGUCCAACAAAAUAAAGAAGGGGAUGCUGCUUAUCAGGCUGCUUUAUCUAUAGCCAGAGAAAUUUUACCUAAUGGGCCACUUGGAGUAAAAGUGGCAAAAACAGCAAUAUCAAAAGGUCUUCAAGGAACUAUUUCAGAUGGUCUUGAAAUUGAAACUCAAUGUUACAAUGAAAUUGUUCAUUCAAAAGACAGAGUUGAAGGACUUGCUGCAUUUGCAGCAAAACGUAUGCCUGUGUAUCAGGGAAUAUAAACACAAAACUAAUGUACAUUAUUACUUACGCUUAAUGGACAUAUCAAAAACAUAUAUUUUAAUAUUGAUAUUAAGUGCUGGAAAUAUGCCAUUUUUUUACACUACAUCAUUUUAUAAUUAACAUUCAUAUACAUAUAUUUAUAUAAAGUCCAUCACAUUUACAUUUGGAAAAACAGGUACAAAGAUAAUGUAUAAAACUUUGACCUUAAUUUUUAAUAAUUUUUAAUAAUUUUAUAUGUAAUUUACAUUAAUCUUAAGAAGAAUAAUCUAUGUCAUGUUUAAUUUCUCAGAGCAUUAUAUAUUUUACACUAAUUGUUAUUGUUGAUACAUAUGUACAUAUAUACAUAGAAUUUUAUUUUUAUAAAAUAAAAACGUUUGUAACAAAUAGAAACAUUUAUAACAUUGAUCUUUUU